AUGCUGCAAAAGAAUCGGGCUCUCCAGCAGCUGGCCCUUGUUCGCUGCGGACUGAACACGCACAACUGGGAGCAACUCUUCGAUGCCCUCUCCGUCCGGCCGAUCGGGCUCACGCACCUGGACGUAUCAGGCCACCUCAUCACCGAUCUCGGCUCGGCCUUCAUUGCCAACAUCAUUCGCUUUCAGCCGGAGCUGGAAGUCUUUAAAGCAUCAGGGUGCGGCAUCGAGGGGCGAGCCACCAUCGAGAUUUUGUCCGCCCUGAGGAGCAGGAUCACGCUCACCGGGCUGGAUCUGAGCGACAAUCCACUCAGCGAUGCUGCAGCCCUGAUCUUCUCGGACAUCCUGGAGCGCGAACAGCCCGGAAACCGCCUCCGGAAGCUGGACCUCUCAGGUACCGGCUUGGAGAAGCCCGAUCUUGCAUGGAUCUUCGAGGCCCUGGGCCGUAACACCUCCAUCUCUUCGGUGUCCUUCUCCCGUUGCCCCAUUGUCGGGGAACUGCCCACAUGCCACAUUCUCUCGGCUGUCGCCAGUUACGGCGUUCGGAGACGGAUCUACCUCAAAAACUGUGGGCUCGAGUCAUCGCUGGUCAUCUCGCAGCUGAUGGAAGACGCCGAGUUGCAGAACCCCGAAGCUCGCAUCUUCCUGGAUCGGUCGAGCAGCCGCGAAAGUACACACCCCCACACGCCCCUUCGCGCUGGCAGUAGCCAGGAGCUGGACACGGUGCCACAGGACCAUGAUCUGAGCCCCCGCCAGGACAUCGGGGAGCCUCUGCGCUCCGGCUCGCAAGCCCAUCCCGACGGGGGGCCGGACAAUGAUGAGCCGCACCUGUGCGCCACUGUAGAUGCGCUGGCCAUCAGCUCGUCGACACUUUUUUGA